ACCUAUGGACCGGUUUUGUUGCCUGAUGUAACUCGGAUGAAUUUUACAAAAUUGGUGUUCAGUUGUUCACGACUUAUGCUUACAAUACUGAACUGAGUUUCUCCACUACAGGAAAGUAUUGGAGACAUGAUGCAGGUGUCAUCAGCUCAUCUUCUUGGUUUAGCCAGGACUGCAUCAUCUGUAUCAGUUCCUCUGCAACGGGGCAUUCUCCAUAACAACCUGCUUCAGAGAAUCACCCCCUUGAAAUCUGAUCAUCUCUUCCACUCAACCAGUGCAAUGAGGAAUCCUCUACAUAGAUCCCAUAUUUCACUUUUCAAAGCCAUGACAUCACACCAAGGAUGUGUAAGAACUUCUCAAAGUGCCCUCAAACCCUCGUCUCACUUUGGACAAGGAUGCCGUCUAGCUCACACCUCCAAACCAUUGGGUUGCAUGAGUACCACAUCAAGACUCUCCAGGCCCAGUGAAGGUCAAUAUCUCUUCAGGAACUGUCCACUUUAUGCCCUAAGAGGUCUUUGUGUGGCAGCACCAGUGCGUUGCCACAGUUCGCAGAGUAGGAACCAGACUAGGAGUGCAUGGCGGGAGAGGAAUAAAUCAGUCAUGCUCUAUGUAGUAGCUGGAGCUGUCCUCGUGGUCGGGUUUUCAUAUGCAGCGGUUCCCCUCUACACAGUAUUCUGUCAGGCCACAGGGUUAGGAGGUCAGGCUACUGCAGGUCAUGACACUGAGAAGGUGGAGACCAUGGCACCUGUGCGAGGUAGAGAGCUCGUGAUCCGAUUCAACGCAGACACUGCUGCCAGCAUGAGAUGGAACUUCAGACCUCAACAGAGUGAAGUUAAGCUUGUCCCUGGUGAGACGGCGCUGGCCUUCUACUCAGCCAUGAACCCUACAGACAAACCCAUUGUUGGUAUCUCAACGUACAACGUGGUGCCUUUCGAUGCUGGACAGUACUUCAACAAGAUUCAGUGCUUCUGCUUUGAGGAGCAGCGGCUGAACCCUCAUGAACAGGUGGACAUGCCUGUGUUCUUCUACAUCGAUCCUGACUUUGAUGAAGACCCAAAGAUGGCAAAGGUCAAUAACAUUACUCUGUCGUAUACCUUCUUUGAGUCGAAGGAGGGGCUUGAGCUCCCAGACCCAUGGUCAAGGCCGGAAUGACCAUCAGAAUGAACAUCAAAAUGAUUAUCAGAAUCGGUGAUCAUCAUUUAGAAUGACCAUCAGAAAACCAUCGGUUUGACCACCAAAAUGUCAUCAUUAUUAAUUGCUGUUGGACUGGCCAUCA